CAGGGAUGCGGCUCCGCGCGCGCUCUCUUCAUCGCUCAGUUCACUUCCUGCUCCGGCGGACAUGCAGCAGCUGCUGGAGCUCCUCCAGGACCCGGAGCUGGUGGCCCGGUUCCAGAGACGAUGCGGCCUCCAUCUGCUGCAGGAGCCGAACCGCGGGAGCCGAACCGCGAACGGAGAGAAACCCCGCGGGAAGCUGCAGGGAAGCUGGAACAACCAGGACAAAAACUCCAACUAUACAUACAACCAGAACCCAAGUCCUGCUCAGGCCUGCAGGAAGCCUGGGUUUGAGGUGAGGAACCGGCUGCUCUACUUCCUCUUCCUCAUAUCGGCCGGUCUAGGACACGAAGUCUUUUACAUCACCUGCCUGCCCUGCAUCCACUGGAAUCUGGAUCCGUUCCUCUGCCGCCGCCUCGUCAACAUGUGGACCGUGGUGAUGUACAUCGGCCAGGUGAUGAAGGAUCUGCUGAAGCUUCCUCGCCCCGCCUCACCGCCGGUCGUCAAGCUUGAGACGCGUGUGGACGCCGAGUAUGGGCUACCAUCCACCCACGCCAUGGCUGCCACGGCCAUCUCCUUCACGCUUUUACUAAGCGCUCCAUCCAGAGUACAGUUCUGCUUCCAGGCCGGCCUGCUGAUCGCCGUGACGAUGUCUGCUUUGGUGUCUCUGAGCCGCCUCUACACUGGCAUGCAUUCGGUUCUGGAUGUGAUUUGCGGCGUUUUGAUCACUGGAUUCCUGAUUCUGCUCACCUACCCUUACUGGGAGAUGUUCGAUAGGUUCCAGCUGACCAACCCUCUGUCCCCCAUCGUCGCUCUGUCGCUGCUGCUCUUUCUAAGCUACACAUAUCCAGAGCUGGACCAUUACAGCACCACACGGGGCGACACCACCACCAUCCUGGGUGUGUGCGCCGGCUGCUCAGUGGGAUACUGGACAAACGUACAACUGGGCCACACCUUCGAGCCCCAGGAGGCGCUACCGGUUCCCCUACCCCCACUGACGGCGCUGUCUCUGGCUAGAGGUGUCGGACGUAGCCUGGUUGGAGUUUUUGCCCUGGUGGGGACGCGGCAGAUAGUGAAAAAGCUGAGUUUGGACUUGUUGUACUAUUGGUACGGGUUUCCUAGAAUGGAUGAAAAUGCCAGGAGGAGGAAGGAGAUCGAAGUGCCGUCCAAGUUUGCCACGUACACGGCAGUUGGACUGGUUAACUCUAUAUUGGUCAACAGAUUCUUUGUUUUAAUUGGGCUCCUAUGACCAUCAUCUCUGAUCAAUAAACCUCAUAUUUAUCUCA